AUGCUUAAAGCAAAACCUUCUCUCUCUUCACCGGAAUUUAUGGAGGAAGAUGGGGAGGAGGGGACGCCACGAUCUCCAUUCUGGUUACAAACUACCAACAACGUCGGCCGUAUUCAACGCUACCGCCGCCGUCUCUCAUCCCUCUUCUUUAACUCCGUCGUCUUGAUCAUCUUCUUGCUCUUACUUGCAAUUCUAUCCAUGGUGUUCGUCAUCCCAAAUGUUAUUGAUUUCUCAUCAAACGUUUUUAAGCCAAAUUUAGUCAGGAGAAGUUGGGAUUCGAUUAAUUUAAUCUUGGUUUUAGUCGCUUUGGCAUUUGGGUUUCUUAGUAGAAAUGUUAAUAAUGAUGAGAAAGUAAGUUAUGAUCGGAGUUCGUCGGAAUUAUCAACCGGAGCUCCGAUGAUCACGUCUCCCUCAAGCUCAACCCCACAUCAAUGGUAUGAUUUCCCAGAUCAAUCCAUGAGUUCUACUACUGGGUUACGGAGGCAAAAGACUAGCAUCUCUUACCCAGAUUUACGGGAACUAUCGCCGCCGUGGGAUCAUGGCGCCGUCGAUCCAUGGCGGUUUUCAGAUGAUACACAUUUGAAUUAUUACAAGGUUUUGGAGUCAAACCGGAACUACCUCCGGCAACGGAGCCGGCGAGAACAGGAUUCUGGAGGCGUGGUUGACGUGAAUGCGUUUGGUGGUGUUUCUCAAGAAAGUUUAUAUACUCCGGCACAGAAACCAGCGGUAGCGGAAGAAAGAUUAUACAUACCACCACCACAACCGAUGCCUCCGCCAUCUCUUCCGCCGCAGCCGCCAAUUGAUACUGUGAAAAAGAAGAUGAAGACGAAGCGAAGAGCUAGAAGCUCUGAACCCCGAAAAGUAUUGUCGCCGGUUAUCGAUCCGUUGCCGGAGCCUUCAUCGCCACCACCGGUUAAGCAAUUGACUGAACGGAAAACGAAUGGUGGCAAUGCAACAAAAGAAUUCUUUACGUCGUUUUACCAUAAGAAGAAAAAGAAGCGUCAGAAGGAACGGAGUUUCGACGAUUUACAGAGUCUUUUACACCAUUCUCGACCACCCGCGACAAGAUUUCAGCUACCACCAACGUCUCCGACGCCUCCUCCACCACCACAUCCUCCAUCGGUUCUCCAUAAACUGUUUCCAACUAAAAAAGAAAAGCAAAAGAUGAUUACAUCAGCCACACUACCUCCUCCUGUACCACAUACGUCUCCGCCUCCACCGCCACCUCCGACGAGUACUGCAUCUCUUACACGACGACCCACCAGAUCACAAUCAGCUCCAUUCCUUUCCGAUAAUCCUGCUGUGCCAUCGAUGCUUGGAAAGUUCAACAGUAUAGAAGACAGCUCAAGCGGAGGAGACUCGCCGAUGAAGCAAGUUCCUCCACCACCACCGCCGCUACCGCCCUUCAAGGUGCCGGAUUGGGAGUUCGCAGUGCAAGGUGAUUUUGUUAAUUUGCAGAGCGGAGUGAGCUCCAGAAGUGUGUCUCCUAUCGGAGAUGAAGCUCAGUCGCCAUCAUCCGUCGUAGAUGCAACGGUGGCGCCGCCCCUUUUCUGUCCGAGCCCCGACGUGGACACUAAAGCUGAUAACUUCAUUGAAAGUUUCAGAGCCAGAUUACAACUUGAGAGAAUGUCCAAACUUGGGCCAGGCCCGGAUUCAGGCCCAGGUGAGAGUUAA